CUGCAUCUUUCUCCCUCCGUCUCCCGACUGAAACUCCCUAACUGUCACUCUGAGAGAGUUAGAGGGAGAUGAAAGUCAGGGGAUAGCUGCAAUGGCACGUCAUUUGGAUAUUCUGGAAGUGCUGCAGAAAGGCAUUCUUCACAUUUUCUCAUCGGAGUCCGAAUCGGGACUAAACACGACCUGUCAGAACUCAGAGGAAUUCUUUUCUUUUCACUGGGGCUGCCGGAUUCGGGCGCUCGACCAGGACAACAGCGGACUCUUGGAACAGGCCUGAGUUACCGUUUUAGAUCUGAGGGGGGAAAAAAAACGCAUCUUCCGGGGCAAUUACAGGUUACGGUGAAGUGGGAGCAGCCAGAGGUGGCUCGGGAGCUGUGAUAUGGGCGUGUGAGCUAUGCUUCUGUGGUGGACAAGUGAGACGGAGCAUCCACAGAUAUUCAGAUCAGGUUUUGGUGAUUGUGAGGUGGCGGCUGACUGCAGAGUGAGAAGGGAAAAAAACAAAGAAAUAGCCGACUUUUGCCUUUUUGUGAAAGAAAUGGACUAAAAUAACAUGCUCUUCGCAAUAUGCUUCUAAAAAGAUGCAUUUUUUCCAUUGUGAGGAACACAAUCAGAGAACCGCUACUGAAUUGUUCGAUCUUUUAAAAAAAAAUUGUUUUAUGUAUGUGAGUCAGAAACAACUUUGUUGAAUCAAUGAAAGAGUCAGAUCUAACAAAGGACCUGAACUGGGACUUUGACCUAUCCUGGGAUUCCUACAUCAAACCAGCUGCCCGACUCUGCCUCAACACCUUGGAUUUUUCCGACCUGUGCGAUGAGGACGACAGUGGAGAGGACGAGGGAACCCAGAGAGCAAAGGAAUCCAGCACAUGCUCCCAUGGACCCCCAGCACCCCCUCCUCUCCCUCCUCUUGCCCCACCGCUACCCUCAGCUUGCCCCAAAAGUACAGAGACUAAAAGUCGCACAUUGAAGCUCCACUGGAGAGAACUUCCAAACCUAGCCCCUCUUCCCAGGAUGACGCGCUUCGGGCAGCAGACGAUCUGGGCGGGACUGGAGCCAGUGCAUUUGGACACUAACCGACUGGAGUACCUGUUUGAAUCUAAGACCAGUACCGCCUGUUUUAAUGUGGUGUCCAGGCAACAGAAGCAACAGCCCAUCUCAGUGUUGGGAAUGAAGCGGAGUAACAUCAUAACCAUUGCCCUGAGCAGCCUGCCUCCCCCUCGUCUCCUCCCCCCAGCUAUUUACAGCAUGGACAGCAGCGUACUGGACAGAGAAGACGUUCAGCGUCUCCAAGCUUUGAUCCCAACAGAAGAAGAACUUGGUCUGAUCAAGGAGGCCAAGACCCAGAACCCUCAUUCUCCUCUGGGGCAGGCCGAGCUCUGCUUGCUCACUCUGGGGGAAAUUCCUCUUCUGAGCACAAGGCUGCAGCUGUGGUCCUUCGCUCUGGACUACGACUCCUUAGAGAGUGUAGAGCCUCUCUUCCAUCUGAAGUUGGCCAUGGAGCAGCUGGCAGCCAGUCAGACCUUCAGGUGUAUUCUGGCCACUGUGCUGGCCAUUGGAAACUUUCUCAAUGGGUGUAAGGCCCGUGGUUUUGAGUUGAGUUACCUGGGCAAGCUCUCUCAGGUGAGGGACACACACACCCGCCAGCCUCUGCUUCAUCACGUCUGCAUACUCCUGAUGCAGCUCUACCCGCAGUCCUCUGACCUUCACUCUGACAUCACCGCCGUCACCAAAGCUGGAAAGUGUGACUACUCCCAAGUGCAAACUAGCUUCACUCAGCUCGAGGCCAUGUGCAAAGCAUCAUGGGAGCAGCUGAAGUUACUGGAGAGGGCCGAGGAAAAGAGGAAAAAGGAAAAGAGGAAAGGGAAAAACAAUGAGGUCUCGUCCUCCGAGAGUUCGUUUCGUCAUCGGCUCCCAAAGAUUCUGAAGGAGUGCGAGGAAAGGCUGAAGGUUCUCAGAGCGGUCCAUCGCCGAGUCAUAAACAGGUUCCACUCUUUCCUCCUGUUCCUGGGCUACUCGCGGGCCAUGGUGAAAGAAACCAAAGCGGAGGACUUCUGUAGAACGAUCAGCAACUUCUCGCUGGAGUACAGGACCACAAGGCAAUCCAUCCUUCUGCAGAGAGAAAGAGAACGACAGAAAAGCGGAGCAGAAAGCCCAGGCCCUAGCACGCCUGUGGGCAGGAGGAAAUGCCAGAAAACUCCAUCACAGGAAAGUGAUGAACAGUGUAGGCUGGAGGAGGUACUGAGUACACCUGAGUCCAUUUCGAAGCUGGAUGCCACUUUCCCUCGAAGCCGUAGGAGGAUGACUGACAUUCAAAGUCCACUCUUGCGGAAACUGAAGCGGUGACCCUGCUAGCUUUGUUUUCAGUCACUGGGGAGUUUUAUUCAUGAAAUCGUUUUCUCAUUGCCGUGUCACUUCUUUAUCAUAUAGCAAUAAUAAUUGAACAGUUAAAUGGAAUGUUAUGUGGUGGUCAUUUGCAAAUACCAUGUUUGAGAUUUUAAUGAAAACAAAAGUGUGCCACUGAGUAAAAGACAAUAAUAAAAAAAUCCAAAUGAAUGCCAAAAUCUGUCAACUCUGUCUUGAAGACAUACCAUAGGGAAUAAAAUCUGUGUUUUUACAUAAAA